CUUGCAAGCUUUCUCCAGAUAUUCUCAGUAGUUUUGCGAUUGUACGGCCUAGUUCGCGACAUUUUGUUUGUCUGGUUGUCAAAUGGAGAAUGACAUUUCCGAAGAGAUUCGAAAGGCCCGUAGGUUGGCUAUAAGCCUUGCCAAAGAGGUUGAUUUCAAGAACCAAAAGCUCUGGGAAUUGGAGCGCAAAUGUGAUGAGACUUCUGCAACUCUAGAGAGGAUGGUUGCAGAGAAAAAUAAGCUGCAUCAAUCUUAUGAAAAAGAAAUGAAAAAGGCGCAGUUCAUUGAACUACAAAAUCGGAAGUUGAAGCACGAUUUUGAGUGUGAAACAAGAAAGAUGCAAUUGAUCGAGCUAGAAAAUGAAAGGUUGAAGCAGGAUUUGGUACCUCAAAGGAAAGAACUUGAGCAGCGGAUUAAAAAAUUGGAGAAAGAAGAGGCGCAAAAUGACCUUGAACGCAGAAACUUACUUGUUGAGAAGCAAAAACUGAAGGCUUUAACCCCUCUUCAGAGUGACUGCGGUGUGACCAUCCAGAUAGAUGAUUUGAAAAAAAAGUUGGUGGACAAAGAUGACGAAUUGAACGAUAUGGAAGCCCUGAACCAAGCUCUUAUACUUAGAGAGCACAUGAGUAACCAUGAGCUACAGGAUGCUCGCAAAGAAUUGAUUAGUGUUUUGCCAAAUCUUCUGGAUGCAACCACAAUCAGAGUUAAAAGGAUGGGAGAGGUUCAUCAGAAACCUUUUCAAGAUGUAUGCUUGCAGAAAUUCUCUCUGGAAGAGUGGGAGGUGAGAUCAGUGGAACUAAGCUCGUUGUGGCAGGAAAAGGUUAACAAUCCAAGCUGGCAGCCUUUCAUGAAAGCAUUCAAAAAUGGAAAGUGGCAGGAAGUGAUCAAUGAAGAUGACAGUAAGUUGAAAGAAUUGAGAAGUCAAUGGGGUGAGGCUGUUUACAGUGCAGUUGUUGAUUCACUGUUGGAAAUAAAUGAAUAUAAUCCAAGUGGGAGGUAUGCUGUUUCAGAACUUUGGAACUUCAAGCAGGGAAGGAAAGCUAGUUUAAAAGAGGCAAUACAGUGUAUAAUCCAGCAAUUAAAGAAUGUCAAGCCUCUUAAACGUCGAAGCCACCAGCUCCAGGGGAAAAUCCACCAGAUGACAGUUAUUGAGGCUGAGGUUGUUGGCACUCAAGAACAGUUCCAGGUACUCCAUUCCUCCAUUCUGUUUAUUAUGAUGAACCACGUUUGUGCUAUUAGAGUGAUUGAAGGUGUUCUUGGAGAGUCGGUAUGUGUAUUGAUGAAAUUCUCUUCUUAA